AGCCCAUCAGAAUUUACUAACCACAACAAUGUCUCGAAUCGGAACCCGGAAACGAAACACUGAAAGUCUGAAACCGACCAACCCACCGCCUUGAACCACCGCCCCUCUGCUAUUACCUCUCCUUCCCCUAUCCUCAACGGCGGCGUUGGAACAGCCGAACAGCAAUAUCAGCAUCGCCGCAGCACCUGAGCGAAAGACGGAACCACGAUGGAAGCACCAAAAGGACAAAAAUUUCAAACUACGGUUGGGAAAGAAGGCAUGGAAAACAUAACAGAGAGGCUCUCCUCUUUGGAGAACCUCUACUUCCCUCGCGCUCUACAGUCCGACGCCGCCGAUCCUUCCCAUCGGAAGUCUCUCCUGCACGACCUUCUCUCUCGCGAUCCCGCUGUCUUCUUAGAACGAUAUGGAGGACAAUUGACUGUUGACGAGCUUCAUGAGUUUGAUCCGCUUGGCAAUGACUACGAGAUAAGCUGGCACUUAAAGAACCUCAAAAGCAAACUGAGUCCUACUGCUGAGGAUUUGCGAUCGAAGUCUGUGGCGGUGAAGAAUCGGAGGCUUGCUUACCUGAAUAAACUCAUAGAUGGUGGUAACUAUUUCUCCGAGGAUGCAAUGAGGCACAGAGAGCCGUAUUUACAUCAUGAGUUUGUCGGUAAGUUUCAGGAUCAGACUGCUAGGAGCAUGGCUAGGCCAGGGGAACGGUGGUCGGAGACAUUGAUUAGGAGGUCCGAGGAGGCAAUAUUGAUUUCGAAGAUUAGGGAGGAACAGCAGAGGUUAGGAGUCCCUGAGAGUGAAUGGGUUGUCUAUGGUGGAAACCAGCAGCAGGAAGAGGAGGAGGAGGAAGAAGAUGAUGAUGAUGAAGAGGUUGAAGGAGCAAUGAAAACUCAAGUUUUGAUGAAAUUGCUCUAUCUUGGCCAUUUUUCAUCAUGUGAUACCUGCUGUUCCUGUCUUCAGAGUGUAGGAAGUGCUCCAUCGGCUACUGAACAACCGGACAAGGAUGAAAAUUUGACAGCCGAGGAAAUGGAAGACAGGAUGGACCAAUUCACCACUGUAAUGCACCAGAAGUUCCUCUCCGGUGAAGACCAUGAGCAUUUAGAUUACGAAAAAAUCGACGAUGAUGAAACCUUGGAUGAUCAUUGGCACCAGGAAGCAACCCGUGAUGCAGAGGAUAGGUACUUUGCUGACGUUGACUGAGACGAUCCCAAGUUCCCAACAUGUAAAAAUACUUCAGUGCGUUUGGUGUGCUUGGUUCUCUAAUGUAAUGGAGGGCUCUUUGCCUCGCUACUCGCAGAGUUCUAUAGAUAUACGAGACUGUACUGCGCUGCUUGUAAAUUUGUUUUGCAGUUGGUUAUCUAGGCCAUUAGUCAAGUUGAUGAUCGGGCCAUGGGGGUGUAGGAAUGAGCAGAGCAGUCAUAUUGAUUUAGUGGUCUUUUUUCCCCGGGAUUAUGAGAGUAGGACGUUUCUCAGAGUUCUGGUAUCUUCUUCCUUUGAUCUGGCUUCGAUAAACAAGAUGCUGAUCAUAUGAAGAAGCGGAAUAUUAAACUGGCGUUGGUGAUUGGGCUUUUCAGAUUUGAGGUGCAAGCACUGGGCAUUCGACUUUUAUGGC